UCCAGAUACCACCUCCACCUGCACCUGCUUCCACUACAUACUCUUUCUUAUAAGAGCAUCGCCCCUGCCCCCUUUGCUCACGAUGGCCUCUCAAGCUCCUGCCACACCUGGCACACCCUCCUUCAGUCAUUGCAAAGUCGUCCUCGCUGGAUCCAUUGCAAAAUCCAUUCUGGCAGAUGUCGGAGAGGGAUUGGCCAAGCUACCAAUCAAGCCCAAAUUGGUCGGAUUUCUAGCUAACGAGGAUCCGGCGGCGCAAAUGUACGCGGACUGGACUGGAAAGACUUGCCGAGAGAAGUAAGUCACUUGAUUUCUGUUUCUUCUUCCCGCAAUGGAAUGGCAGUUGGAGUUGCAAUCUGCUAUUGCAAACGGUAUUUGAGACUGCGGGGAAGCUUUGACCGCGGCGCGUGGGCCAUCCACCUCAAAAACACUUCAACGUUACAUCAACAGACGCGCGAUCGAGGCGGAGAAACCAGAAUACCAGAAUGGCCAUGAGUGGGAGGUUGUUGGGUUUCUUUCUCAAAAGUUACGGAAUCUCCUACGAACUGCAAACGCCGUCCCUACGCCCUUAGCCGAAGCUCGAAGACCUUCCACAACGGCGACAGAUAUGGGAUGGAUACACAAAACGUUGAGAGAUGCAGAUAUUCUGAGGGUUCCGAAGAGUAGAGUAUGUUGGGAUGUCUCACGACUGGCUAUUUCGGCACUUCGCUGCCUCUUCUGUCAAUCAGACUAGCUGAGGUUGGACAGCACCUCGUCAACGAGCCAGGCAAGAAGGACAAGAUAAGCUCGAUGAAACCAUACAUUAUGGAUGGAGAGUGGUCUCGAAGACCAGUUCGUACAAUCUUCAACGAAUUGGUUGUUGAAGACCCUAGUUUUCAAAAUCUUUCAAUCCUUUCAGAGCUAAAUCCCGCAUUUCAAGUCGAACGCCAAGUCUUUGAGUAUUGAGCGGUGAAUCCAGAACUGACUUGAUAUCUCACAGUGGAUUUGAUUUCGACCUCCGUGUUAUCACAAAAGAAGAUAUCGAGGCAGCAAUUGUAGAAGCCAACAAUGACGACUCUGUCCACGGAAUCAUGGUGUAUUACCCUAUCUUCUCUAUCACCUCUCGCCAAGAUGCCUACAUCAAAGAACUUGUGGAUUCCUCAAAGGACGUCGAGGGUCUCACUCAUAAAUACGUGUUCAACUUAUACCAGAACAACCGUUUCCUUGAUCCACCUACCAACCAAUUGAAAUCAACCCUUCCUUGCACACCACUGGCAAUCCUCAAAAUCCUCGAAUACCUGCGGGUAUACAACUCCAUCCUCCCAUACGGCAACAGACUCUUUGGAAAGGGAAUCACAGUCAUUAACCGAAGUGAGGUUGUUGGUCGUCCUCUCGCCGCUCUGUUGGCCAAUGAUGGCGCAAAAGUUUACAGUGUUGACCUCGAUGGUAUCCAACUGUUCACUCGUGGAAAGGGAAUCAGAAAGAAGCACCAUGAAGUCCAAGAUCUCCCAGCCGAUUUUGAACUUAAAGACGCACUCGCCAAAUCCGACGUUGUCAUCUCCGGUGUCCCGAGCGACAAAUACAAAGUCGACGCAUCACUUAUCCGUGGUGGUGCUGUCUGCAUCAACUUCAGCAGUGAGAAGAACUUUGAUGGUCCUGCAGUCAAGGAGAAGGCUAGUAUCUACGUUCCCGCCAUUGGAAAGGUUACCAUUGCUGUUCUCCUCCGCAAUCUUCUACGCUUGGUUCAAAAUCAGAAUGCCUUGAAGGCUGCGGCUGUGACUGCUGCAACAGCUACUCCAGCUGCUACCACUGCUCCAGCAGGGGAAGCUUGAAAUGGUCUAAGGAGGAUCGAUGAUGAAAGAAGCGUUUAUCUAAGAAGCAUAAAUUGGUGCUGUGACCGCUUGGAUGAUAGACGGAAGAAAGAAAAAACACCCCAACCCACC